GCAACUAUCCAUCGUUGACCAUGGUGAGAGCACGCGUUGAUGUGCUUGUGUGAAGGGCGAUGAGAUGAUGGCUGCAUGUUGAGAUGAAGAUGUUUCAACCCUUGCUCUGCACAUCUGAUUCUUCAGAGCUUCCAGCAUACUUGCUACAUUCCCUUCAUGCAUAAUGAGGGCUGUUUUUUGUAGCCGACUGUUUCUGUUGAGUGUUUCGUCGAUGUUUGAGCCUGCUCGCAACUUACUUGAGUUCUUGGCAUGCUGACAAUCCUGUUCAUUGAUGAAUUUCCAAUCUUGAGUUGAAUAUCAUGUCGUGGUCCUCUAACAAUCAUGCACAGCAGAAGUAGCAGCAUGCUGACUAUCAGGCGCAGGUCUCUAUGUCUCUCAAGGCUGCUAUUGCCGCGUCCGCUAUCGCCGCCGCGUCCGCUUUCUCCACUCCUGCUCUUAGUGGUCUCCACAUGAGCGUCGAGCGCCGUGACGUCGUCAAGACCAUCGGAGCUGGAGUUGCUGCUGCUCCCUUCCUUGUGGGAGCUGCUGCCAACGCCGAGAGCACUGUCUUCCCCCGUGUCCAGACCCAGAGCAGCUUCGGAGUCAUCAACGACAACAUGGGCAAGGGAGCUAUGCCAGUGAUCACCGUCUUCGAUCACCGCGGAUGCAGCCGAUCCCCCAAGGAGUACGUCGGAGAUAAGAGCGGGGACCAGGAUGACGAGAUGUGCGUCAAGGUCCAGAUGAAGACUCCUUACACGUACCCCCAGUACACUCGCCAGGCCACUGCCCUGCUGAACGAGAUCAUUGGAGUAACGUACACUAAGGGAAACCCCUCCGGCAGACACGGAACCCCCGACCUUGUAAACUAAAUAAAGAAGAUUCAUUGGGUGAA